AUGGACCCUGCUACUCGUCAUGCCGUGAUCGUGCUUGCAAAGAGAGAUGGGUUCUUCAAUUUCGAUGCGGAUGGAAAUCCUACCGAAGACUUUACUUGCUCUAGGAGGGCAUGCCUGGUCAAAACCGACGAAGGUUCUUCUAUACUCGAAUUGCCAUUCCAUUUAAAACAGGAGAAUGUUCGAAGUAUGAUCAAUGUCAAUGAGCCUGAUCUUGAGUUCAGACCAGACUGGUUCUCGAAGAUGAAAAACGUCAGAGUGUUGCAGCUUGGAAGAUGGCAGAGCUCUGCCGAACAUCUGAUUCAGAUAGAGGACAGUGACUUCUUAAAAGGGUUGAAGAAUAUGAGACAUCUCCGGUACUUGAGUCUUCGAGGAGUCUCUGGAAUUACUGAGCUUCCGGCUGCAGUCUGCAAACUCAGCAAUCUGAGGAUCCUGAACCUCAACGGCUGUCUUGAUUUGGAGAAAAUUCCUCGAGGGAUAGGCUCACUCAAGAACCUGACACACUUAGAUAUGUACGAGUGCUACUUGAUGAGCCACAUGCCGAAGGGACUUGCUUUGCUCUCAAAUCUCCAAGUGCUUAAAGGGUUCGUGAUCGAUGAGCCAAGGCCUGCAGGAGGUGGACGCCAGCCCUGUAAGCUAGCUGAUUUGUCAAGCUUGCAACAUCUAAGAAAGUUGAGUAUCCAUGUUGACAUAAACAAAAUGUCCGACGCUGUGGAAAGAGACCUGAUUUCUUUGGCAGAUUUUAAAAAGCUCCGGUCUUUAUCCAUAUCAUGGUCAAGACUUUAUGACCACAUAAAACGUCCACCACUCCGGAGGAGGCUAACCAACAAGCUUUCCAGCCUCUCAAAAUUAAAAUCAAGAAAAUCAUCAUUUUCAUCAACGCCGCCAGUUUCUCCAUCAAAGGCUUCAGACUCUCCAUCGCUUCGUGUUCUUUUGGAGAAACUUAACCUCCAUUACUUCCCUUAUUCCAAGAUUCCUGAUUGGUUGAUGCAAUGGGAAUUAGACAAACUAAAGAAGCUCCAUAUCAGAGGGGGAAGACUCUCAGAUUUGUGUCACGGAAAUCAAUGCCAAUGGAACGUCAAAGUUUUACGCUUGAAGUUCUUGGAAAGAUUGCAGAUGAGUUGGCCGAGACUGCAAGAAUUGUUUCCAGAGUUGAAUUACUUGGAGAUAUUCGAGUGUCCUAAACUCAGUUCCAUGCCAUGCGACAAUGAGGGUGUGUGGGUAAAGGGAGGCUCAAAGCAAGAAGAAGCAUCGAACAGCAAUCAUCAUUAA